CCGGAGGGCCGCCCCUGCUGAGGGUCUUCGGGCGGGCUACGAGCGAUCUCGCCGGGCCAUGGGACUUGCAGCCCUUGCCCCAGGUAGGCUGAGCCUCGGCCUGAAGUAGCCUCUGCCUCUCCAGCAGCAGGUGACAGUUUCUUAAGGGAAUUUCACACCCACUGUUAAAGGGAAAAGGAAACAGUCAGAGGAGGGUGAUCCUCAGGACCCCCCUGUGUCCCCGAAACCUGAUGGUGAAAAGAGCAGGAGCCACAGCCCCAUCCAUCUGGAGGACUCCCCUGAGGCAGGCGGGGAGCGGGAGGAGGAGCAGGCCUUCCUGGUCAGCCUCUACAAGUUCAUGAAGGAGCGACACACGCCCAUCGAGAGGGUGCCCCAUCUCGGCUUCAAGCAGAUUAACCUGUGGAAGAUUUACAAGGCAGUGGAGAAACUGGGGGCCUACGAGCUGGUAACUGGCCGCCGCCUUUGGAAGAACGUGUACGACGAGCUGGGGGGCAGCCCGGGCAGCACGAGUGCGGCCACAUGCACGCGCCGCCACUAUGAGAGGUUGGUCCUCCCUUAUGUGCGGCACCUAAAGGGGGAGGAUGACAAGCCACUGCCCCCCUCCAAGCCUAGGAAACAAUACAAGAUGGCCAAGGAGUCACGGGGGGAUGAUGGGGCCACAGAGAGGCCGAAGAAGGCCAAGGAGGAGAGGCAAGUGGACCAGAUGAUGCCAGGAAAGACCAAAACAGAUGCCACUGACCUGCCACAGCUUCCCAACCAGGGCCCCCCCAGGGACAGCACGAAACCACUGGGCCCAGAUUCUGGGCCCUCUCUGCCCUUUGUGGGUGCCAGUGGCUGCCCUGAGGCCUACAAGCAGCUCCUGUCCAGCUUCUAUUGCAAAGGGACACAUGGCAUCAUGUCACCACUGGCGAAAAAGAAGCUCCUGGCCCAGGUCAGCAAGGCAGAGGCCUUGCAGUGCCGGGAGGAGGGCUGUCACCAUGGAGUGGGUGGCCCCAACAGGGAGUCCCCAGAGAGUCCCCGGAGCCCAAGAAGGCUGGCUGAGAACUCGGGGCACCUGCUGACCCCUCAGGAGGGAUUGCAGGCCCCUGGGGGCAGCAUCAGAGUGGAGGCUCAGGUGGGCCCCUGCCCGGCAGCCUCCAUCUUCACAGGCUGUUUCCAUGCCUACCCCACUGAAGUGCUAAAGCCCAUCAGUCAGCACCCCCGGGACUUCUUCUGCAGUUUUAAAGAUGGGGUGCUGGGGCCUCCUGGCAAAGAGGAAGGGCUGCAAGCCAAGGAGCCCCAGCUGGUGUGGGGUGGGGAUGCCAGCCGCCCCUCUGCAUUCCAUAAAGGUGGCUCCAGAAAGAGCAGCUUCUACCCUAAGCCCAAAGCCUGCUGGGUGUCUCCCAUGGCUAAGGGCCCUGCUGAGAGUCCCGUGCCCCCGUCCACCCUCCACAGCAGUCCAGGCCUCAGUAACAAGCGCAGCCUGGAAGAAGAGGGCUUUGCCCACAGUGGCAAAAAACUGCGGGCAGUAUCUCCUUUUCUGAAGGAGGUGGAUGCCAAGGAAUGUGGGGCCAAACCACCAGCUCCUGGCCUGGCUGUCUCCUGCCUGCUUGGCCCAGCCCUGGGGCCUGCUGCCCCGGAAGCCUACAGAGGCACUAUGCUGCGCUGCCCACUCAACUUUACCAGUGCCGCAGACCCUUUGAAGGGCCAAGCUGCACUCCCCUUCAGUCCUCUGGUCAUCCCAGCCUUCCCAGCCCACUUCCUGGCCACUACAGGCCCCUCACCCAUGGCCACUGGCCUGAUGCACUUCCCCCCCACAUCCUUCGACAGUGCCCUCAGCCACAGACUCGGCCCCACUUCCUCUGCCUGGCACAUACCACCUGUCACAACCUAUGCAGCGCCCCACUUCUCCUUCCACCUCAACACUAAGCUGUAGGUUGGAGCCUGCAACAUUGUGCUGUGUUGUGGAGGGUCUGAGGCAGUCUGAGACAGGCAGGCACUGCUGGGGACCCUAGCCUGGAACCCACCACCCAGGAUGCUUGGGUUGGGCAGCCUGGCACAAAGGGGUAGGCAGUGAGAAAACUGAGUGUCUCAAGAAAGCAGUCUGAGCUCACCCAAGAACUGGGGACCAUGAGGUGUGUGUGGCCUUGUGCAAGGUUGGGAGCUCCCAGCUGCCAUCAGAAGUCAGGAGCUGGGUGAACCUGAGGCAUCCAGGUCACAUACAGAAAGUCCAAUAAAGACACCAGUGUGACAUCCAGCUCUGACGUGUAUACAGUUGGACCCUUGCAAGGGCAGGUAAGGCAGGAGUGAGCUUGUGGGUGGGACCACUAGUAGGAGAUGAGAGAAUGCCAUCCAGUGGCCUGGAUGCCACCACCCCACUAAAGAGCAGGCCUGGAGAAAAACAGCCUCCUGUGUGCUGCUCAGCAGGCCUUGUGGUGUGUUCUUGUGCCUUCACUCCACUUGCCCAGUUGAGGCUCAGGAGAACUGCCUGAUGCUGUCCUCAUGGUGCAGCUGGGAAUCCAAAGCUCAGACCAGGUCAUGGACUUGCUUCUCACAGACUAGUGCAGCCCUGAGUGACUAGCACUGACCUCAGGACUGGAUGUGCCCUGCAAAUGCACUAAUCAUUUUUGGAAAGAGGAAUUGCUUGUUUUGAGACAGAGUCCCACUAUUACCCAGGUUGGUCUUGAGCUCCUGGACUUGAGGUCGUCCUACCUCAGCCUCUUCAGUAGCUAGGACUAUAGGUGGGUGCUGGUGUAGCUAUGAAGAGAGCUUUUGAGGGUACAAGAAUGAAGCCUGACUUGGUCUGCCCUGUUGGACUCAGACUUGUGAGACCUACUACUGCUCUUGGUGACCUACCACCACCACCUCCAUUUGUCUGCCCACACAGGCCAAGGAGGCCCAUUGGACUGAUAUCACUGGGGUUGGGGGUGGGAGAAUGGGAGCAAGGGCCAGCCUCUGCCUAGGCAUCUGUUAUGACAAAUGCCAGAUGGUUGCUCUAGAAGUGUGUGUAGUAACCUACAGCCUAGUGCCCUUCUGAAGGCUCUAGUUGGGGACAAGGGACCCCUGUUAGAGGUGUCCCUCCUCUGUUCUCCCCAGGCAGCCUGUUCUCAGAAUAGCUUCACACCUGUUCCUAGAAAGGUGCAGUUACUAUGACCCAGGUGGUGCCAGGGUGUAGAUGUGGGGCCAGGCCAGCAGACAGACUGACCAUCACAGAACCUCAUGCUGCUUCUGAUCUCAAACCAGAGGAGGGGAUGUCUUGUGUGGCUCCCUCACCUUAGUUCACAGGUGGGAAGGCCAAGGCCAGGAUGAGAGGCCCUGUGACACACAAUGUGCCUGCUGCUGGGAGUGGGUGGCUAGGUGGGAAGCAGCUGCCUAUGAUGGGAACUCAGACAUAGGUGCCUUCCAAGUACAGCCAGUGACAGGGUGGCCAUAGGGUGUUCAUGGUCACUGUUGGGAGUGCAUUCAGGCUCUGCAGGAGAUCUUCCAAUUCCCUACUUUAAGAUGUCAGCCUGAGCUGAGUCCUACCCCCCUCUCCCAGCAAACAAAUGCCUUGAGUGCUGGACUGCAGAUCAUGGGAUCAGAUCCACUGGAUAAUGGACAGUUUAGGGAUUCCUGUUGGUGGUGCGGCCUGAGAUGGGGCAAGGUCACUGGGUUCCCUUCAUCUGCAAAGCGACAUUGGCCUCCUGCACAAAGGUGGGCCGGUGGCGGGGCAGCAGGACUUGGGUGUGGGUUGCUCAGCGCUGUGACGGUGGUGCCCUCUGGAGGCAGUUCUGGAGAAUACACUUUUCUGGGCUUAAGUCCUGAGCCAGUGGAUGGAUGGAUGGAUGGAUUCCUGGGCUCGACGCUGCGGCCCCUGCAGAGGCGUAAAAGACACUAGCGCUGGGUGUGCGGGUCAGACUUGCCGGAAAACCUCGGGGCGCUUAGCUCCGGAUGUGCCAUCCCCGCGCUAUUCUCAUUCGCUCCUCACGAGCCCCGCGGGAAGGCACUAUCCCUACUUACAAAUGAGGAAACGGCUGGGGCAUAGCUCAAGUGGUAGAGAGCUUGCCUAGCAAGCUUGAGGCCCUGAGUUCAAACUCCAGUACUGCAAAAAAAAAAAGAGGAAACAGCGAGGGGAGGUAACUCCAAAUAGCAAGACCAGGAGCGUUCCCUCACCCAGGUGCGUCCUGGCGCGCUCCCGACGUGGGCGUCUUGCUUUCCAAGUUCAUUCGGUUGCUAGGUCCUGGGGACCCACAGACCAGCAGGGCUGACAACGCCUAUGUUCCAGCAUAGAUUUAUUUAUUCCAUUCCACUUUUAGGACCCCUUUCAAAAUGCCGGUGGCAUUUGAGCUGCUGCUGAUGGCAGGGAGUGGAGGCCACUCUGCAAGGGUGCCGACUGUCCGCCCUCCCAGCCGUGGUGAAUACCUGACUCACCCUGUCAUACUUAAGCUGUCACCUGGGAAAAGGGCUGGUACCUUGUUAGGUGUACACCAUGUAUCUUAAUGGGUAACUUGAUGGGUACACUGUGAGCAGAGCACUAAAAGGUGCGGGCUUCAGGGAGACAGUAAGUGAAUAAAACUUUAGAGAUGUUUGCUCAGGAGAAAACUAGGACUGGAACCGGUGUGCUGUUGUUUGCCUUAGGAGUGUUAAUGCAUGUUCGCCAUUUUAACUUUUGUUGUUUUUUUUUUUUUUGGCAGUACUGGGGCUUG